AAAAUGUUCACCUUGAAAGUACUGAUUCUCUGUUUGAUUAUACCGACUUACGAAUGCCCAUUUAGUAAACCCAGAGAAGAAACCGAAGAAGAAAAGGUUACCAAAGGUAUGACGGACACAAUGGCAGAAUUAUCUCAUUUUACUCGUCGUUUCGGGUUCGUUGAUUAUCAUAGCAAUCAUCUUUUUGAUAUAGAACGAUAUCUAGAACUACAAGGAGGCCAUAGUAUUGAAUUAGAAUCAUGGACACCGAAACUUUGGGAACAUUUCCUUAAACAAAUGGACGAUGUAAAAUUCGAUUAUUGUAAAAAUACGUUGAAGGAUCCGGUUCUUCACGAAAAUGCCAUAAAAUUUGAUACGGACGCUGACGAAGAACUGACCGAGCUCGUUUUUAAAGAAGUGGUUUUUCUUCGUUACAAAAAAAUGCCCGUAUGGAAUUAUUUAGUAAAAUGCCCCAUUACUAUUCAAGGCAAAGAGGGAUACUUCGCCUAUAUAACAUUGUUCGAGAGAACCAAAUAUGAAAAAAAUGAAGAUGAAAAUGAAAAAAAUGAAGAUUUUUAUUUUAUUUUGUUCGAUCUUUAUUACAAAGAUACUCGCACUUUUACUAAUCAAGUUGUGACAGUGAUGAGAACCAAAUUAGGGGCAACAGUAUCACUACCUCAACGAUUUGGAGAAUUUUUGAAAAAUACUUUCCUAGCAGUGAAGAAUCGAAUAGUAGAGGGUUGAAUUCUUGUAGGAAUGUAAUUGAUAAAGGCUUUAUUGUUGGUAGAUGUGUAUUUUUACGUAAAUUAAUAAACGAAUAACUUCGUUGA